ACCUGCUCAGCACGAUGGGAGGGGUUGGACUUGAUGGGAGGCGUUUCCAUUCAGCUUUUACAGACACUUUUUUUUUUUUGCACGCCCAGGCAGCUGUUUGUUUUAGUCUCUGUUUGGGCACGGACGUCUCUCUUGAGAUGUGAUGAACGCAGCCGACUCUAUGAACGAAACAAAACGGGAUCGUGUUUAUUUGCGCGUGGCGGCAUUAGGACGCAGGACAGCAGUCAUGCUUAUUUGUUGUGUAGUGGGACGCGGAGUCAGGACAAAUUAGUAUUAAUUGUGCUCAAGUCUCACGCUGAAAAAGCGUCCGGGCUGCACACUUCAUUGUGACCAUGCUGGAAUGGCUCGUGGUCCUGUGCGCAGCGGUUCUGAUGUUCAUAAUCUGGUCCAGUUCCAAAGUUUCUGGUACCGAGAAGCGUAGGAAAACUGCGCCGAAAGGACCGGACAGUCCAAUGAAAGACGACGACCGCAGUCGCAGCGUGAAGCUCAUCUGCAAACCUUCCACCCUGGCCAACUACCUCCUGAAGAACUGCACCUCUUUCAACAGCUACUCGCCGUGGGUCGGAUGGACGUGGCGGACCAACGCCGUCCUGCAGAGCUUGUACGAGACGUGCUGGUCCUACGGCAGCCCGGUCCACUUUGUGCGGGACAACCUGCAAAUGAGCGAUGAUGGACUGGUGGCGUUGGACUGGGCUUUUCCUUCCUACCAGAAGAGGCGAAGGACCUCCAGCCAUUCCACCAGCCCGGUCCUUCUCAUCAUUCCCAAUUCGUUCGGCAAGAUCACCAGAAAUGUGCUGCAGUUGUGUCAAGCAGCCCUUUCCCAUGGAUACCUCCCUGCCGUCUUCAACCGCCGCAGCCACAACGGCACCCCGCUCACCACUGUCAAACUCCAGCAGUUUGGAGACCCCGCAGACCUCCGAGAGGCUGUGCGGUACAUCCGCUACCGGCAGCCUGCCGGCAAACUGUAUGCAGUGAGUGAGAGUACGGGCUCCGGCCUCCUCCUCUCCUACCUGGGGGAGUGUGGCUCGUCCAGCUAUUUGACGGCGGCCGUCUGCCUGUCGCCUGUCUUUCGCUGCCAGAGCUGGUUUGAGAAUGGCCUCUGCUGGCCCAUGCAAUGGGGCCUGGUGCUCUACCAGAAAAUGUGCCUAAGCAGAUACAGGACGGUGUUAAGUGCUGCCAUACGUACGGACACCCUCUUUUCGACCAAUUCCCUUCGUGGCCUGGAGGAAGUUCUAUUCUGUCAAAGUGAUCAGGUUGACUGUGCAUCGGCAGCACCAACAGGGACUUGCGCUUCUUGGGAAGCUUACUGGGAACGCAAUGAACCCUUAAGAGAUGUGGAUGAAGUGGCCAUCCCCGUGCUGAGUGUAUGCGCUCGGGACGACCCUGUCCGGGGAAAUACCCAGGCCACAGUACCCUGGGAACUUUUUGAGAACAACCCGCAUUUUUUCCUCCUCCUAACAGACCGAGGCGGCCACUGUGGUUUCUCCACGCAGUGCGAAGGAAGUUCCUCUGUGCCAGCUAACCCAGCGGCGGCACCAAACAGUGGGACGGCUAACCAUGAAACCAACUGGAGCCACCGAGCUCUGUUGGAAUUCUUCAGGGUGACCACAGACUUCUUUGCUGCGGAGGAGAGGACAAAACAGCUCGCUGCGAGGAGGAAGGGCCUGGGGGGAGGCUCCGGAGGGAGAGUCUUCCGACACCGCAGUGUCAGUACAUGUAAACGAGUACCUGCGUGCUCCCAUAAUAUCCAUGCCAUUUACAACUGGCAGAGGUCAUAUACGCGGUGAAGGAAAUCAAUGGAAAAAUGACACUGAUAUGCUUUUGCUGUUCCCAAAACUAGACAACGGAAUCUUCCCAGUGUUGUGAUUGACAUAGUUGACUGUCAAAUGAUCACUUUUGCAACGUUCCGAGAAAAUCACAAGGUCUCGUCACUGGUGAGCUAUUUUUUUAAGAGGCAAGCACCAGGUUGGGCACCCCUACCUUAAUUUGGAUAUCAGUGGUCAUUUCCUGCAACGUGUCGGAAAAUGUUGACCCGAUUACAUUUUCGACAAAGGUUCAGGGAAGGUGGGAGAAAGAUGACAUUUGACUUUCCAAAAAGGCCCCAUUGACUGACUUCCCACUUCAAAGACCUUGUAAAAGUUGGACUUGAUUCGAGAAAGUGACUUUCCGCAAUAAAAUCAGCAUUUCAGCUUCAGAGUCGGGAUUGAGUAACAACGUGUAAUGUUGGCUACCUUUUGUCGUCGUCGCUGCAAGCUCAAAUGCACUCAUGCCUGUGGACUUGAAAUUGUGCUCCAGCUCUGACCCUUUGACAUUUAAAUUUCCUUUUUGACAUUGAAAAAGUUGGGGAACAUUGAUGGGCAGCAUGUGACCGUGCCUCUUGGCUCACCCUAUAUCGGUGCGGUUAGCAAGUUCUCUGCUUACUCUGGUUUCCUGUCACUUUCCGCAAACAUGCAUAGUGAUUUACAUGAAGAUUCAGUGUGAAUGUGAGUAUGAAUCAUUGUUUGUCCAUAUAGGUCCGAUGAAUGACCGGUGAACAAUCCAGUGUAAACUCCACCUUUUGCCAAAAGUAUAGCUGGAAUCCAGCUCAGCUUUAACCCCGAACAGUGUCAGCGGUAGGAAAUUGUUACGUAGUUUGUCGGAAAUGUUGGUAGUUUAGUAUGUCAUCAAUGUUUGUCAUAAAUUCAUGAUAAAUCUC